CUCUAAGGAGUACAUCACAGUCGGACAGCUGAAGCAGAUCUUUGGGAUGCCGAAGGUCGAUGCCCCCACCAGCCCACUCGCCCCAUCAUUCCAGCACUCUGCUUCCUGUCGCACAGCUUCACCUGGCUUCUCUCCCUCCCUACCAUAUGAGUGUGACUGGGUUAGGUCUGAGAUGCCCUCUCCAGAUUUAGAGUGGUGGUUCCAGGUGCUCAUGGCUGCUGGGGAGGCUGUUCCACCUUGCCCCCCACCUCUCCCACCUUGCCCCCCACCUCUCCCAGCUAAAUCUCUUUUCUCUGCCCGGUCCCUGCAGGUGUAUCAAGGGCAGACAGGGUCUUCAGUGCAAUACAACGCAGCCACUCUGGGACGUAACCGUACAACUAAGAGCCCCCUGGUGGCCUCUAGCAACACUGGCAGCCUUCCACGAAACCUGGCCGUUACCCUGCAAGGUAUCGAGGCCAAGAGGCAGCUGGCCUUACAGCAGAAAGGGCAGCAGGUGAUCGAGGAGCAGCGGCGGCGGCUGGCUGAGCUGAGGGAGCGUGCCGCGCUGGAAGCACAGUGCCAGUGGGAGGCGCUGCGCGGGUCACAGUCCCGGCUUGACGCCCCUCCCCUGCUGCCUGGGCCUGCUGGGAUACAUCACUCUAUCCUGCACCACCGGCGCCCCUCAAUGGGAGAGAGGCCAUACGACACGGUGAGCCUGGAGAGCUCCGACAGCCUGGACACCAGCAUCUCCACUGGUGACAGCUCCUUUCCCCCAGACACUUUCUCCAGUGCCAGCGUGAUGGACACCCUGCGGAUGGAGGAGAUGGAGAGGCUGCUACGAGAGGCCCAGCUCGAGAAGGCCAGGCUCAUUGAGAGCCAGGUAAGGCCUGCUAAGGAAGGCCAGGCUCAUCGAGAGCCAGGUAAGGCCUGACAG